AUGAAUGUUUUAGGAUUCUUUCUUCCUUGUUUUUUAGAGAUUUGCCUGCUUACCAAAGGACGCCGUACUGCCAGUGUUCGAGCUGAUACAUAUUGUCGUCUGUAUUCACUUUCGGUGGACAAUUUCAAUGAGGUCCUAGAGGAAUAUCCAAUGAUGAGAAGAGCCUUUGAAACAGUUGCCAUUGACCGACUAGAUCGGAUAGGAAAGAAAAACUCAAUUCUUCUGCAGAAGUUCCAGAAGGAUCUGAACACUGGUGUUUUCAACAACCAGGAGAACGAGAUCCUGAAGCAGAUCGUGAAACAUGACAGGGAGAUGGUGCAGGCAAUCGCUCCCAUCAAUUACCCUCAAAUGACAGCCCUAAAUUCCACGUCUUCAACCACCACCCCGACCUCUCGCAUGAGGACACAAUCUCCACCGGUGUACACAGCGACCAGUCUGUCUCACAGCAACCUGCAUUCCCCCAGCCCCAGCACACAAACCCCGCAACCGUCAGCCGUCCUCUCGCCCUGCUCCUACACCACUGCGGUGUGCAGCCCUCCCGUACAGAGCCCGCUGGCCACUCGAACUUUCCACUACGCCUCCCCCACCGCCUCCCAGUUGUCACUCAUGCAGCAGCAGCAGCAGCUACAGCAGUCCCAGCCACCACCGCAGACUCAGCAGCAGCCGCCGCAGCAGCCGCAGACACCCGGCAGCUCCACGCCGAAAAACGAAGUCCACAAGAGCACGCAGGCGCUUCAUAACACCAACCUGACCCGAGAGGUCAGGCCCCUCUCCGCCUCGCAGCCCUCGCUGCCCCAUGAGGUUUCCACCCUGAUUUCCAGACCUCAUCCCACUGUGGGCGAGUCCCUGGCCUCCAUCCCUCAACCCGUGACGGCUGUCCCUGGCACGGGCCUGCAGGCAGGGGGCAGGAGCUCUGUCCCGCAGCGAGUCACCCUCUUCCGACAGAUGUCGUCGGGAGCCAUUCCUCCCAACCGAGGAGUCCCUCCGGCACCCCCUCCACCAGCAGCUGCUCUUCCGAGAGAGUCGUCCUCAGUCUUAAACACAGACCUAGAUGCAGAAAAGCCACGAUUUGCUUCAAAUUUAUGAUCCCUGCUGAUUGUCAAAGCAGAAAGAAAUACUCUAAUAAACUGAGAAUAUUCUCAGACCUUAUUUUAUUCUAUCUCCUGAUAGAUCCCUAUAGCCUACUAUGAAGAGAUAUUUUAGACAGCUCUGGCCUACACGCAAAAUGUAAAAAUAUAUAAAUACAUAUACUAUUAAAUAUAUAUCUAAAUUCCCAAGAAAAGUCCAAAAGACCUGUUUAGCAUUCAGUGUUACAUGUCUUCCUUUCUUUAAAUCAUUAAAGAAUUUUAAAUGUUGUUGUAAGAUUAUUUAUUUCUAACUUACUUUUACGUAAUCCCUUUGAUAUACGUAUUUCUCUAUUUUAUGAAGAGUUCUUGGAUUCAAUGGAAAAAAAUCUCUGAUUUUAAAAAGGCAACUCAAAGGAGCUACUGAAUAGCACCAAUCAAAACCUUCUUUCUUUAGCUGUGUCUCUGCAUCUAAAUUGCUAAUCAUUAAUUAUGGAGGAUUAAAUAGAAAAUCCCAUUUUAUAAAUCUAAAUCGUAUUUCAGUGCUUUCAAUUUUGAAUUAGGUUGAAGAACACGCUACGUGCUUGGCCACCAUAGGAGACUAGCAUUGCCACUGUUAAGAAUAUCUCUAACAAAUAUGUUCAUUGAUCUUUCAGAAAGCUGAGGGAAUAUUUGUCUUCAUGUGUUAUUGGACUUUUACCAAGACUCAAUCAAUGUUAGUUGUAAAUAACUUUUUUAGCCCAAAUAAAAAUAGCUCUUCUGUAUUGUAUGAAGGUAAAAGUCAUUGUUUAAGAAUUUAGUUUUAUUGCUUCACUUCAAAACUUAGAGUUUUAAAUUUUACAAAACCUAAUUGUGACAAUUAUUCAAUUGUAAUGCAAUGGCUUAAAACCUACAAAAUUAUUUUAACCUGCAAUGUUUUAUGCAAAACUGUAUGCUCGAAUCUACAAAUUGCUUGUAUUACACAAAAAAUCAUUACUUUUCUUCCUUCUCGCCAUAGUCAAGCAUCUGAAAAUAGUCUCUGCAUGCUUUGGGGAAAAACAUAGGUUCAAAUCAGUCAUUGUAGGGGAAGGCUUACAGUAUUUCUCAUUUCUAGAAAAGUAUAACAAUUCAUUAGUUGCCUAUCUUAAAAUUCCUAUAAGGCUGACUUGGAUCUCUGACUUAAGUCUAGAAGUGAGGUUUUCACUUUUAUUUAAUAUUAUCACUAUUAUUAUUAUUUAAAUAAUUAUUUGUAAACCACAGCUUGAUUUGGAAUUGCAAGUGUGGUCUUUGUCUUCACUGUAGUUGGUAAUUUACUGUGGUGUUAAAGAAAUAAAUUCAAUACAGCAUCAUGUCUGGGAACACGCAUUUUGCUCCAUGUAUAUUGUAACUAAAUGGUUAGUAAAUCUUAAGGCAUGUGGUGACUAACAUAGCAUUUAGGUAGGAGGUUUGUUAUUUUAAAUGUGCUGAAAAUAGUAUGGAUAUGGCGACAGAAAACAGGGGUAAAGUUGAAUGUCUGUGAGCAUUGUUUGUUUGUUUGUUUGUUUCCUUAAUUCUUUCCAUGAUCUGUGAGCAUCCACUUCUAAAAGAAGUCCCUUAGUAAUCAUUUGUGCCUAAUGCUUCCCACGAAUGUGUUGGAUGACUGGAACACGAUUGGAAGAUUCCUAAUAACCAACUUCUGUAAAUAACCCAAGUUAAGAGAAUGAUCUAAAGUGGAGGUCUUCAGUAUCUCCGACACCGGCGAUACAUUUAAGAAGAACUUACAAAGAUCAUACAUUAUAUGGGACAGGGCCUCCAGAUAGACUUGAUGACAGAAAAGAAAGACAAAAGCAAAAACUCUAAAGUGGAUCCAUGCUGCCUGUUAUGCCUUUUAUGGAUAUAAGACCUACAAUACCAAAAUGAGUUUUUAUGUUUAAUUUCUAACAGAUCCCAACUUGUGUGGAAGUAAUCAACAAUGCUAGUCAAUGUAAUGCUGUCAUUAACAUGCUGGUGACAUACGAUGGCAUGUCAGGAAUUUGAGAAAGGAAUUAAAUUGUUCAGUCUACCUAGAACCUAUGGGAAAGCUGCAAGACCAUUUACAUAUCAGUACAAAACUCCUUUAUUUUAUUAAAAUAUGAGAAUUAACUUCAAUUUAUUAAGAUCAUGUAUUGGUCCUUUAAAUUAUUAAAGGUUUACAUUUGAUAGGAUUAAUGGAUUUGGUAGUGAAAUAUUUUUAUAUAUAUAAAUUUUUGGUUUUUUAUUUUGAGCACUAUUGGGAAACAGAAGCAAAACUGAAUUGCAUGGUCUUUCAGUGCAACCACACAAUUUUUAUUCACUUUGUAAUAGAAUGGACAAAAUAACUAAGGUUUAUAUGUUCAACUAAUAAAAUGGUACAGGGUAAAUUAUAUACAUAUAUAUAGGAAUGUAUAUAUUUAGGCUAAGAAAAAAAAUGACUCACAUUCCUGUAAUAUAAAGGUCCAUUGCUAAUUGAAAAGUGACCUCUUUUCUCUGUACAUAGUUAAGCCCGUAAGUAUGGAGUUUUAAUCUGUACAGAAAGAAAUGUAUUAUUGAUUGCUGCUGGGAAGAUAGUAGAAUAGCUGAUUCUUACAACAACUGUAUGAUCAGGGAUGAGUUAGAGUAUUUCUUUUGUCUUUGCUCAAAGCCAUACAUAUAUAAAUAUAUAUAAAGAUUAUUAAUAAAUUCAACAAAAAUAAACUAAAA